AGCUGUUAGGAAUAGGCUUAGGAGGGGGGUUGGGUGUCUGGCCCUUCUCCUUGUUCUGCUUUGCGUACGGACACCGGAGGCGAUGCAUCAAUGGCAUAAAAUGCCUCAGGACCUGUCUCAGAGUAUGGUGGCCCAUGCUGAGGCCCCAUCUGUCCCCAUACUGGUCCCAAAGAGGGGUUUCUGAUCUGUCUGUUUUCAACAGCUCCGGGCCUUCAUCCUCUGCCCCGUCUUACUCUCCACACGUGUCCCCUCUCACGGGGUUGAUAGUGGUAUCUAUCGUGCUCUGGGGGAUUUCUAAUUCUAGGGCUUCUAACACAUAGUCAAGUGUGAAAUAUCAGGGGGAUCACUUGAACUCCUAAGCAGUUUGUUUGUUUACUGGCCUCUACUAUUCUCUAGCACCGCGAGCAGAAACAGGAUGGAGAACAAACUGAGAGAGUUCUGUCUGCCGAAACCCGACCUCAAGCACCUGCGUAUCCUGCUGCACGGCCCAGUGGGCACUGGAAAGAGCUCCUUCAUCAACUCCAUCAAUAAUGUCUUCCAGGGCAUGCAAGGGGCACUGGUUACUACAGAUUCUGCCUUUAGUUUCACCAAAAAGGUGAGUGGAAGCCGGAUGUGGUAUCACAAUACUCCACAGUACUAUAUUAAAUGUACAUUGUCAUUCUUUUCUGCUGUGAUAUUCAAUCCUGAUUCUCCGCUGUCUGUGGGCGAUGCUGACUACAUCACCAGCCCCACUCUGAAUGACCAGGUGCACUGUUUGGUCAGUGUGAUCCCAAUGGACAAGAUCUCCAUAAUGGACGAUGACGUCCUGAACAAGAUGCAAGCUAUCAGAGAGGCUAUAUUCAUGACAAUGGUGGAUAAAGCUUGCCCAGUGGUGAUGAAAGAUUUGAGGAAGAUCUACUUCAGCAAGAAGAUCAAAGAAAUGGUAUGUCUAUUUGUGUGUUUGUGUGUGUGUUUUCAGAUGCAAAGGUGCAGUAACAGACUUGGUGUCCCCAUGAACUGCAUCUUCCCAGUGAAAAACUACCAUGAGAAGACAGACUUGGAUCAGGAGAUGGACUGUCUCAUCUUAACUGCUUUGAGACAGAUUGUUCAUUUUGCUCAUGAAUGCAUAGAUUCUAGAUAAUGAAUGUGAACUAUGAAGGUCAAUGUUGGUGGGAGUUACGUCUUCAAAUAUGAAUCUCUUGAUGAAUCAAAUAUGAGAGGGGGGGUAGAAGGGGAGGGGAAACAAUCAGGUACAUAGCAGAAGACAUCAUUCAUGUAGCAUGAUGAGCAUGCUAGCAUACAUGUGAUAAAGGUACACAGUGUACAGUCUAGACUAGGAGGGGAACAAAGAAAGAGUUGACAAUAUCAGACAAUCAGUCUCAGCGGAUUUUAGUUAGGAUAGAAAGGGUGGCAGGGUACACAGCAGUGGCCAACUGGCUGGCGACAGCCACAGGCCAUUGGUCACAUUGUAUUACAGUUGAAACAAUAAACAAUAUUCUAUAUAAAUUGUUUGUGUGUGUAUGUGUUUAUAUUUCUGUUGAUAUUGUUGACAUUAUUACAUCCAUUUCUUGACCAGUAAUAUUCUUCUCUUUUAAGAAUCUCUGAUUCUCACUGACAGAAUGUGCGUGCGCACAGCCGCGCACACACACACACACACAGACACACACACACACAACCUGAUACUUUACUCCUUUACCUAACCACACAUAUAGACACAUGCACGCACUCACUGUCUCACAUUCUCUUACUUUCAUUCAGUAGGAGAUAACAUUCAAAUCAUAC